AUGUGCAAUUAUUGUCAAAAAGAUUAUUUUUUUAAUCCAGUAUGUUUUCUUGUAAUGGAUUUCACUUUGACUCCGUUAGUAUGACAUGACAUAUCCUCAUAUAAUGAUCCUGUUGUUGUUAUGUUAGGGUUGUAUGUAUUAUGUUGUAUUAGAAAAUCAACAUCUGCAAAUUAUAAGACGGUGAUUAGAUUAGAGGUAAUACCGAUGAUGAUUAACUUCUGAACUAGACCAGUGACUUAAAGACUUGAAGUUUUUUCACACUUGUAAAAGUAGUUUUCUUAUGAUUGUACAAUAUAAGAAUAAUUAUAUUCUCAUGAUAUUUCUCGCUGAGAAAUUAAUUUUUUUUUGAUGAUUACUUUUUGUUGUACACUGCCUUUAGGAAUGAAGGGGAACGUGUUGAAGCUGUAACCUAAAAAGCCUUAUCAGGAGUUUUCAUUUGAUGCUUUAAGCCUUACAUAAACAUCUCUGACACAGUAAUUUGAUAUUGUUUUCAGUGGAGAUCAGUGUCCGGUAAAUGUUGCAGAUGGCUUGUGUUAUCUGAACCAGUAGCAGCUGUAGUAGCGCAAAACUCAAUGUCAGUGUCGUAUUUGAUUCACUGUGGUAUUUCAAAGCUUUGUGGACAGAUUCAGUCCAUUACUAGGACAAAAGCACAAGUUUAUUGUCAGGAUUAACACCAUCAUCUUAAUUGCGUUAUAGUUAAGUGAUAGUUUAAUGGCUCACUAACAUAACCUCGGUGACCAAAGUAUGUGAUUACGCUGUGACCUUUGUGUCAGGUUUUAUGUAGGUCGAGCAGUUGUUUUUGGAUGACACUUUUCACAUCUGUGUGUGAAAAGGCUGAUAGGUUUGUUGCAUGCUCUGUGUGUGACUGCUAACUUUCUCCGUCCCUUUGCAUGAUGUGUGUGGUGUGUGCCCUAACCCCUGAGCAGGACAGCACUGAUGCAUUGGGAGACAGCUGGAGAGGGCCCUACAAACCAGACACUGCAGAUGGACAAACUACCUCACCGCAGCCCCCACCAUUUACAUUACACAGAACCUUAGACCAAAUGUCCUCAUCCUCAUCCACCUCCUCUGGCCAACCCCAGAACCCUUCCUUGGAUCGCUCACAGUCUGCCCCAGCCGCUAUGGAGCAGGCCUCAGCACCAGGGCGGUGCCAGAACCAGUCUGAAAUUCAGGAGCCUCCUCAGCCUUCAUCCAUACCAGAGGAUGCCAUUCCUCCACCACUUCAGGUCCAGACUCAUCCUCUUUCUGAACGUAGCGACUUCAAAGUGCCCCCGGAAACCAGUCCCUCAGUAGAAGUCCUUCCUGUGUGUCCUCGCCCUGAAGACAUGGCUACAAGCAGCAGUCUGACCCUUCAGAAUCCAGAGAGCGAGGCACAGCCUGAAAUCACAAAGGGAGAUGCUGAAUCAGAAGAGGUGGUUAACAGCCCUAUGCUCCUACAGCCAGAGGAACUUUCUCCAAUUCAGCCCAUGGAGCAGGAGGCAGCUGAGUCUGAUGCAGUCGAUGGCACUGAAAUAUGUGUGAGCACUCCAAACCAAUCUGACUCAGUUGAAAUGGAGUCCCCCCCGCCCUGUCAGAAUCUGGUGUCUUCAGAGAGGGACCAGCCGGAGGGCGAGCGCUGCUCCAGCUCCGACAGCAUCCCCUCGCUGGCAGCUGCUCUGAUAGAGCUACACGAGCUGCUCGUAUCCAAUAACUGCGCUCAGUCCCAAAACCGCAGCUCCUCCUGCUCCCCCUCACUUCCAUUCAGACAGGACACAAACGAAGUGGCCCCCGAUCCCCGCACCCCAACACCAGAAAACCCCCAAAUCGACCCAUCAACUGCCAUUACAACCGGUGCAGAACCAAGCAAUGCCAAAGCCAAUCAUGCUGCUGUUGUAUCUGAUGAGGGACCAUCUACGUGUCUUUUGCCUGACCUCUGUGUCCAGGAUGAGCAUCUGGGCGUAGAUACAGCAGAGACUGUGGAAGUACAAGAGCCCCCACAGUGCCCAGAUGUCUCUGGGGAGGAGUGGGGGACAGAUAGAUGUGGGCAAGAUGAAGCCAAUAACAUCAGCAUUUGUCAGCCUGAGCCAGAGGUUUCUCCCGAUCCUGCAGGGCAACUGGAGUUCAGGGAACCUCCAGAGGGGCAGCAGGGCAGGGGGGUAGCAGAUGGAAGAGCCUCUGGCAAUAACACCCCAGACGCUGUCGGCCCCCAGACUGAGCACAGUUUUCUCAGCCCUUUGUCAAUGGCAGUGGGCUCACCUGAGGAACUCCAGAGCACCUCCCCCUCUACCCCUCCUCCAGCUCAGGCUCCCCAUCCUACAUCUCCAGCCCCCCUUCUCCCUGCUCCGCAUCCCUUUAUCGAACAAUUUCCAGCUGAGCACAUCCAGAGAAUCCAGGCAGCUGGGUUUUCUGCCAGGGAGGCUGCAGAGGCACUGGAACAAGCCCAUGGAGUUGUGGAGCUCGCUCUGCUGGCGCUUUUAGCCCGCAGUAUCACUGUGCCCACCUAGACUCAAAUCAAAUCAUGCGAAUCUCCAGCCUCCCAACUCAGCAUCUGUCUUUAUUUAUACCUUGUUACUGAUCCAGAUGUCUCAGUCCCUUCUUAAUAGGGAGCACGAAUAACAGGGAAAUGCUGUCUCUUGGUUUGUCUUACAAAGUUUCCAAGAACAAACAGGACAACCGGUAAUACUUGUUCUGGAUUUAGCAGAUAUGUGAGGUGUGUUUGCAUGCAGAUGUUUUGGGUGCCCCCCGUUUCAUUGGUUUUUAGAUAUUUGGUAUGGUAGACUCUUUUUUUUUUUUUUUUUUUUUUU